UUCCCCUGACAGCAACGCUCGGGCCCGUCACGGUUGCUGGGGACCUUCCCGCGGUAACCUAGUCAGCUGUGGGGUUAUUGGAGGCUGGUUCGUUUCUGCAGUCGUGUAAACAUUGAUAUUUAAUAUUUGCAUCUCGUCAGUUCCGUCCCUCCAAGCUUGGCGUCAACUGCCAAACUACAUUUGUUCUUUGCGCCUCCCAUCCCCCAUCUCAACCUUCAUACAUCUCCUAAGGUUGGCGCCGCCCCUCCUUGGUUGCAGUACUUUUAUCAACCUUCACCUCGAUUAUCCAACAGAUAUUGGUCUUCUUUGUUUUGCGAUAUUAGCCUCUUCGCCUGCUUUUCAGUUCGCCGACACAAACCGAUUAUCCUACACCAAGCAUGGGAGAUAUCCAGAACUCUGCGCCCACUUUUGGCGCUAGGAAGAAUAUCGACCCCAGUCAAAAUGCCGUCAAGAGAUUGCAGACGGAGCUUAUGCAGCUAAUGACAUCGCCGGCGCCGGGCGUGUCUGCCUUCCCCUCUGCCGACGGCAAUCUCCUUUCGUGGCGGGCUACCAUCGAGGGACCUGAGGAUACCCCUUAUGCCGGCCUCACCUUCAAGCUUAGUUUUGAAUUUCCUGCGAAUUAUCCUUACGCGCCGCCUACGGUGCUGUUCAGAACCCCGAUCUACCAUCCCAACGUGGACUUUUCUGGACGCAUCUGUCUCGACAUCCUCAAGGAUAAGUGGACUGCUGCUUACAACACUCAGACCGUCCUUCUGAGCUUGCAAUCCCUGCUUGGAGAGCCGAACAAUGCUUCCCCGCUCAACGGCGAGGCGGCUGAGCUUUGGGACAAGGACCCGACCUUGUUCAAGACCAAGGUCAUGGACCGUCACAGGGACAUUGACGACGACUGAAGGCAAAAUGCAGGAGCAGUUUAGGAGAGCAUUGGGUUGGGAGAAAUUGGUUUAUUCUCGAGGUUGGAAUCCCUGGCGUAUUGGUCUCUGGAACAGGAUUGCAUUAUCAGGGCGGGUUUGUUUAAUGGGUAUCCCGUUGUUGCUCGCGUCUGCUACCGGUUGCAGACUGGCUUUAUGAAGUACAUCAAGCAUUGGUUGUAAUGGACAGUAUAUCGUCCAUAGAGCGUAUCAUUUUUCAUGACGAAGCCCCUGCCUGAC